AUGACCAACCAAGAGAAUUGUGGACCAACAACAAAUGAAUUGGUGAAUAGUAAUUCUAAUAGUAAUACAAUACCAUUAUCAUCAUCGUUACCAACAAAUGAUACAUCAUCAACAAUAAUUUGUACUUCUAAAACACAUCAAUUAUCUAAAUUUUACAAGUGGUGUCCUCAUGAUGAUUAUUUAUUAAUUAAAGGAGUAGAGAAGGGAAUGUCAGCAGAGGAAAUUAGAGGAUCAAUCAAGUUUGAGAGGAGUUUCACAACGGAAGAAAUUACAGAAAGAUGGUUAUCAAUUUUAUAUGAUCCGACAAUUUCCCAAAUUACUGGCAAGCACAUGAAUAUGUUACAAUCAGUGAAAAAUUAUAAACGAGUUCCUUGGUCAAAUGAAGAAAAUCAAAUUAUAUUUAAAGAGGCAGAAACUCAUAAGGAGGUACCAUUAAAUUUCGAAUUAAUUUAUGAUAAAUAUAGGGAUUGUUUGCAUCCAUCUAGAUGUCCAAAAACAUUGGAAGCACACUAUCAGAGAAUGAGAAGAAAAGGAAUUAUCAAGGAACAUAUUUCGUCAGUCACUGAAACACAACCAAUACAAACACCAACAGCUGUUGGAUCGACGAUGGAUGAUGAAGAUGAGGAUUAUGAUGAAACAAAAACAUUUUCAGAAUUGGAAAAGGAGGUGUUGAAUGCUCCAAUACCAAAUGAUUUGGAAAUGAGAGCACAAAAUAUUCAAUUGAUAGAAAAUAAGGUAUCAGAAAAGAAUGAACUAAAGAAAAUUCACAAACUUGAAAAGGAAAAUGAUAUUGAUGAACAGGCUACAGGCACCAAGAAGAUUAAACUCUCAUUUGAAGAGAAUGUAAUUGCUGUAUUUGAUGGAAUACAAUCUAAGCAAAAUAUUUACAAAUCAGAAUCUAUCAUUGGAAGAAAGAAUUCUAGCUUUAAUGUAGAUGUUGACCUAAGUAUUGAAUCUGAGGAUAUUGGAAAGAUCUCAAGAAAGCAAGCUGUUCUUACACUGAGUUAUACAAUUGAAGAAAAACCUGCUGUAAAGACAAUUAUUGCCACUGGUGAAAGCGGUGAAAAAAUUGAUAGAGUUGCUGAUGUAGAAGAUCUUUCUGGAACAAUAGAUGAGUCCAGCAAUAAGAGAGUAGUUUUCACAUUCAAGUUACAAAAUGAGGUGGAAAGUUUGUUUUUAAAAUCUCUACAGAAGGUUUAA